GAUAAAGAAAAUCCUGAUGUAAUACUGCGGUCGAGGGUGUUUCCAGUUUACAGUGACGAGUACCCAUCUUCUCGCUUCUCAAUUUCUCGGAGGGUUUCAAUCUGAUUUCCUUUCUAAGUAGCGCACGUCCUCGAUCUGAAUUGUGUAGAGAAAAUCAUGGUGGACGCAGCAGAACGUAGGUACUUGGAGGAUGAAGAUACACCACUCAUGAAAACUAUAAAGGGUGCAACAACUGGUUUGGUUGCUGGCACUAUCUGGGGUACUGUGGUUGCCACCUGGUAUGAUGUCCCUCGUGUUGAGAGAAGUGUUGCCCUUCCAGGGCUGAUGAGGACUUUCAAGAUGAUGGGCAACUAUGGUUUGACCUUUGCUGCCAUAGGAGGAGUCUACAUAGGUGUAGAGCAGUUGUUGCAGAACUAUAGGAUGAAAAGGGAUCUAGUCAAUGGCGCUGUUGGCGGAUUUGUUGCUGGUGCAACUAUUCUGGGUUACAAAGGAAGGAGCAUCAAAACUGCACUCUCUGCUGGAUCGGCAUUAGCAUUCACAUCUGCAUAUAUUGAUUUCGGUGGUCAAACAUUAAAACAUGACGAGGGGAAAGAGUAUGCCGCUUACACAACAAAGAAAAGAACCAGUGGUGAUGAAUAAUUAUUAAUUUAUGCACUUUUAUGACCGAAGGCGUUUGAAAUUAAUAGGAAAGAGUGGAUCACUCUUUUGUAGACCCCUCUGUUUGUUGAGUUGGAAUUUCAUACUUGGCAGUUUUUUCCAUAUUGUUUCUUUAUGUAAGUUGCUGAUGUUGAACUGGUUGAAUCCCAAUAAAUGUUCUAUUUUGAGAUUC